GUUGCUUGUUCCAGGUUUCCAUGGUCACCAGAGUUUAAUUUAGUUGCUAAGUUUGUGUUUGUUUUGUUCUGGUGAAACCAUUCAAUAGAGACAUCCCAAACUGUGUAAAAAUGGUAAAAGGUGGAAAACGUUACUUUGCGAUGGGCAAUGAUGGCAAAUGGUUUGCCCAUCCAGAUUGUUCAGAAAAUGAGUCAAGGCCUCUUGAAACUUGUACAACCACUGGAGCUAUGCUGAGGGAAGUUAAGACACUGUUGCCUGAGGAUUUGCACUUUGAGCCCUAUCCUAAAUGGAAAGUUCAUCAGCAAUCCAGAGAAUAUCCAUUCUCGUGCCAUGACAACAAGAAUGUCUUAAAAAACAACAUCUCAGUCUUCUCUAAUGGUGUAGGACGAAGGAAGUAUCCUGAUAACCUUGGUCAGAGCAAAUCUAAUUUUAGCCUGUGCCACAAUUCAGAUGAACGCUGCAGCGAAGAACCGAGAGGCAGCUUCUCUACGUACCAAACUGACUUCACUUCAGUGGAGGGUAUUAAUGUUCCAAACAGGACCAGGAGGUUCCCUCGAAACCACAAAUUAAGGUCAGCAGAGGCCAUCGUGGAGCAGGCAGGGGAGCAGUUCAUGUGGUUUGGACAAGACAAAUCCAACAUCCCAGAGACUCUGGAGGUGCUGGGAACUGCCAACCGGUCAGCACCUUCAAAGACCUGACAUAUUUUACAUUUAGGACGCAAACAAUUUCACAACAAAAAAGUUCACCUGGCUGGAAUAAAGGAUUUGAUCAAUUUCA